AUGGCUCUGCAUCAGUAUGAUUACAUCUUUGCCAUUGGUACCAUUUUCGCGUUCCUUGACGCGUGGAACAUCGGUGCCAACGAUGUCGCCAACUCCUGGGCCACUUCGGUCUCGUCCCGAUCCAUCUCCUACAUCCAAGCCAUGUCCCUAGGUUCCAUUCUCGAGUUCGCCGGUUCCGUUGGUGUUGGUGCUCGUGUUGCAGACACCAUUCGUACCAAGAUUGUGGAUAUCGACCUCUUCGAGAAUGACCCGGCUCUUCUCAUGCUUGGCAUGUGCUGCGCUGUCACUGCCUCUGCCAUUUACCUCACCAUCUGCACGAAAAUCGGUCUUCCAGUUUCCACCACCCACUCCAUCAUGGGCGGUGUCAUCGGUAUGGGUGUCGCGCUUAUUGGUGCUGAGAACAUUCACUGGGUUUCCUCGAGCGGCAGCAUUGACUCUGGUGUCGUUUCCUUCAACGAUGCCGAGACCGCCGGUAUGAUCAUUGGUGUCGGUGCUGCAUGGGCUCUGCUUAUCACCAUCUUCUUCGUCCCUUGGUUGUACCGCAUGGUCGUCAAGGAUGACUGGCAACUGCGCUGGUACCACGUUUUCCUCGGUCCCCUCCUGCUCCGCCGCCCCGAGCCUCCCAUGCAGCCUGAGGGUAUGAACGGUGGCAUUCGCGACUUUUACGCCGGCCACAUGACCAAGGAGGAGCUUGACGCUGCCCGUGGCGGUGUCGUUGCUCAGACACACAGCAAUGAUAUUGAGUCGGGCUCUGCCGAUGGCGAGAAGAAGGUUGUCCAGGAUUCCUCUGACUCUACGACCGCGGCUCCCCGCAACAACGACUACGUUCACAAGCCCAUCGUCGGCCCCCGCCCCGAGGGUCCCUGGCACAACGGUGCCGUCCUCUUCUGGAUGGUCAAGAAGGUUUUCCUCUCCGGUGUUGACCAGGACAUCAUUAACAUGCAGAAGAAGGAGAGCGUACUCACCGGAGACUUGGAGGAGAUGCACGCCCGCGUUCAGCACUACGACAACAAGGCCGAGUUCCUCUACUCCUUCAUGCAAGUCAUGACGGCCUGCACUGCUUCCUUCACCCACGGCGCCAACGAUGUUGCCAACGCCAUCGGUCCCUACGCCACCAUCUUCCAGAUCUGGAACACCGGUGUUCUUUCUGGUAGCAAGUCCGAAGUCCCCAUCUGGAUUCUCUGCUUCGGUGGUGCCGGUAUUGCUCUUGGUAUCUGGACUUACGGCUACAACAUUAUGCGCAACCUUGGUAACCGUUUGACGCUUCACUCUCCCGCUCGUGGAUUCUCCAUGGAGUUGGGUGCUGCUUGCACGAUCAUCCUGGCCACCCGUCUCAAGCUUCCCGUCUCUACCACCCAGUGCAUCACCGGUGCCACUGUCGGUGUCGGUCUUUGCUCCGGUACCUGGCGCUCCAUCAACUGGCGCAUGGUCGGCUGGAUCUACAUGGGCUGGAUCAUCACCCUUCCCACUGCUGGUAUCAUCUCUGGUUGCCUAGCUGGCAUCAUUGUCAACGCUCCCCGCUGGGGUAUGGGCAAUUAA